AAGGUCACAAUUACUCCGCCCGUGUUUCCUUCAGUAGUAGAAUAGUACGCUGUCCACUACAAGAACAUUAGAAGACACAGGAGAAAUGUUUGCAACUGAUUUAAUCUUCAGCUUAUGUUUUUUGACAUUUUUACAGAACUGUCUUGGGAAUCCACCGUCGUACCUAAUUACAAGCCCAGAUGUCUUGCGUGUUGGAACCGAGGAAACGGCCUUGGUGAACGUCUUUAACACUGCUGAAGACACGGUAUCUGUACAGAUUUAUAUAGAAAAUUACCCGAAUCGAGAGAAUCGUUUUUCAGAAGUUACUGUGGAUGUUACCGCGGAUUCUCCAAAGAUUGUGAAACUUCGUAUCAAUCCAGAUGACAUUGUACCAACCAAUUCAGAAUUAAAGUUUGUGUAUUUAGUGGCCAAGUCUCAAUCCCCAGCACUCACUUUUGUAAAGGAAAAACGAGUCUUAAUUACAUACAGACAAGGAUAUGUAUUUAUACAAACGGACAAACCAUUAUAUACACCUGAACAGCAAGUUAUGAUACGAAUCAUUCCUUUGGAUAUGCAAAUGUUACCAUCCACUGACAAGUUCCGUCUUGAAAUUAUUAACGGUAACGGGAAUAUUGUGGAAAAGCUUGAUGAUCUGCAAACCGAGCAAACAGGUUCUGGCUUCUACUCUUAUCCGUACCAGUUUCCCAAAUUCCCAGUAUUUGGCAACUGGACAGUAAAGGUUUCCUACGGUUAUUUGUAUAAAUUGGAGUCAACAGUUAAGUUUGAAGUAAAAGAAUAUGUUCUUCCAACUUUUACGGUAAAAUUUAAAGUAAAACCAGCGUAUGUGUUACCAUCAACAACUCGGUUCCUAAUUGAAAUGGAAGCUAAGUAUAUCUAUGGCGAAGCCGUGCAAGGAAUUUACAAUCUCAAUGUGGGAUACAUAGAUGCAAAUGGCGAAACAGUUGUAAUGCGAAAAUUCAGUGGUGACGUAGGCCUACAUGGAAAGGAUUCGUUUUCCCAAAGUGUUUCUCUGGCUGAAAUAAUUGGAAACGAAUUUCGAGAAUUAGAUGGGAAGAAACUGUACCUGGAAGCCAUAGUGAAGUCCAGUGAUGGGAAGGUUGAAAAAUGCAUUGACACCAGCGCUCCAUUUACCUUCAUAGCUUACAAAUUACAAACGAUGAAUAUGUUGAAAUACUUCAAGCCAGGCUUGCCUUAUAGCGGGAAGGUGAAAUUACUUCAAGCAAACAACAAGCCAGCAGUCCAAACACCGGCGGUUGUCUCAGUCACACUUGAUGGAGAGCCUUUCAUGUUUUCACCAGGAGACGAUGAGCUGGAAAUAAGUAGUAAUGAAUUUGGAGACAUCAGCAUGAGAAUUGACAUCCCUAAAAAUACUAAGAGUGUUACUAUCACUAUAACACCAAAAGGAGAGAUGGUUGAAUCUGAAAACGGAGAGUUUGAAGUGACUUUAACUGAGCACGUAACUUCUAGUGGAGAUGCUAUGCUCGUUAGAGCUACAACUGACGUAGUGCCUGGCAACAUUAUUGGAUUUGAAGUGGUACUAACUGCCGACACUGUUGUGGAUCGCAUAUACUUUAUGGUAGUUUCCAAAGGAAAGAUUUUAGAGCAAGGAAGUACGAAUGUUGGGGGCGUUGUUAUAACACUAAAUAUUCCAAUCACGUUUGAAAUGACACCUAGUGCUCGUAUAAUCACAUACUUCGUUGAUAAGAAUAACAAGAUUGUAGCUGACUCUCUGUACUUGGACAUCAAUGAAGAAUGUGAAAAUCAGGUGACACUAAGGACGGAGAAUGACAAAUAUGAGCCAAGCGAUCCCGUAAAUUUAUUGAUGUAUGCUAAACCAAAUACUUACAUUGGACUUGUAGCGGUAGAUAAAGCAGUACUACAACUACGUGACACAAGCAGAUUAACUUUAAAAAAGAUGUUCGAAACUAUGGAAACGUUUGACCUAGGUUGUGGACCCGGUGGAGGUAUAAAUGCUCAAAGUGUAUUUGAGGAUUCUGGUCUUUCAACCGUUAGUGAUGUGAUUGAUACUGAUUUGAAGAUAGGUUUUGGUUGUCAGAACAGCCAACGAAGAAGAAGAGCCCUACCGUAUACAUACCAAGAUGAAUCUGAUCCAGAACUUGUCGAAAUUUGUGAGCAAGGUUUUCAAAUAAUUAAAGGUAUGACAUGUGAGCAACGAACUGAGCGGAUUGCAAAAAGAAAAGAUCUUCCAGUGGAUAAUCCACUUGUGCAGAGAUAUUACAAUUGCUGUCGUUUGAUGGUCGAUGGAAUGAGUCGCGGAAGAAUUGGAGGUGGUAAUCCAGAUAGCGAAUUUAUUGACGACAUCUUCGUCCCAGAGAGGAGUGAUUUCAGGGAAAGCUUCUUAUUUGAAGAUGUUUUAAUUCCGGAGGAAGGGGAAAUAGGGCAUGAGUUCACCCUACCAGAUAGCAUCACUAAGUGGCUGAUCCAGGGCGUGGCAUUAUCACGUGACCUAGGCAUGUGUGUAGCAAAUCCAGUCACAUUAACAGCAUUUAAGAAAAUAUUCAUUCAGCUUGAUGUGCCUUACUCAGUAGUUCGUGGAGAACAGGUCGAAAUCAAAGCAACUUUGUUUAAUUAUGACGAACGCAAAAGAAGCAUAAAGGUGGCCAUGUACUUAAUAGGAACAGAAGGGAUUUGCUCUGAAGCUCAUGCAGGUCAGAGGUCAAGCAAAAAAGAUUUUGAAGUGAAUCCUGAUGAUUCAUAUUCUGUGACAUAUCCGAUGAUUCCGCUUAAAGUUGGCGAGUUUGAGAUACGAGUUGUUGCAUACACCUCUGUAUUGAAUGAUGCGGUUACCAAAACACUUAGAGUUAUUCCAGAGGGUGUGACACGUUACUUCACCUUGUCACAAAUUUUAGAUCCAUCGGGAAAACUGAAUGGACAACCAGAGGUCAAUGAGUUACAGGAGUCCAGUGCCAUUCAAGCUGAUCAAUUGCGAAAUCGUGAAAAAAGAAGUCAGACAGAUAUCGUUGAUCUGAGACUACCACCCGAUGCUAUCGAAGGCACAGCUCACUGCAAAGUUAAAUUCACUGGUAAGAUAAAGAUAACAAACAAUUAUUCUUGGUCCAUUGUCAAGGGAGGUGUCCAAGGCGAUGUUUCGUUCACUGCAUAUGUUCUGAUUACUCUCUUGGAAUGUUCCUGUGCUGAACAUGCUAAUCAAGUUUCAAGUGCUGUUGAAAAAGCUGUAACGUUUAUUGAAACAGAGUUUGAGAAGGGCGUGAUUACGAGACCUUUUGCCGUUGCAAUUGCAACGUUUGCACUUACACUUGCAGAUAGUCCUGUCAAAGACAGAAUGAACCUGAAGCUUCGGGAAAUUGCAACAUACAGUGCAGGUAGCUCCAAAAGUAUUGGCGGGACAUUCCAAUCAGCUGUUCCUACACGGCACUGGGGAGCAAAUGACAGUUCAUUUGCUGGAAGCAAAAAGCCUUUUUGGUAUGUAAGGCGGCCAUCAGCUAUUGCCGUGGAGACAACGAGUUACGCACUCCGAACACAAGUUUUGAACAAUGAUAUUGAGUAUUGCAACCCAAUCGUCAAUUGGUUGACAGAACAGAGAAACUAUGAUGGGGGUUUUGUUUCUACCCAGGAUACCAUCAUAGCUCUACAGGCGUUGGAAGAAUACACAAAGAUUACAGAAUCUGACCAACUGAAUUUACAGUGCCGGCUUGUUAAGGAUCAGUAUGAGCGACAUGUUUCCAUUAAUGAAAACAACGCAUUGCAUCAUCAAGAAGAAACACCUCCUGUGAAUGGAAACCUAAUUAUUGAGACAACAGGUACAGGGAUUGGACAGGCUCAGGUGGAAGUGCGCUACAACUCGGACGCUAAGACACCAAGAGAACAUUGUGCAUUUGACGUGGAAGCAAUUGCUACUAAAUGGGAUUCAACAGGCUGGAAGCCUGUCAACGGGCUGAUUGCCGUGCCAACCGAUGCUCCUGAAAAAGUGGGAGUUGAUGCUGAUUGUAAUAGGGAUAGAGUGGAUGGCCGAUGUGAAGAUGAGGCAAGUGCUGAUAUCGAUACAGAUAAUUCGCGAUCACGUAUUGGACGUUCUUCUACCAAAAGCAGCUAUAUUUUGGACAUUAGAGCAUGUACAAGGUAUCACGGGCAUGAAAAGACAGGUAUGUCAAUUAUUGAGGUUGGAAUUUACUCCGGAUUCAAGGCUAAGAAAGAAGAUUUAGAAUUGGUAAAACAAGAAGUUGACCUAGUGAAACGAUAUGAGGAACACGAUAGAGCAGUUGUUUUCUACUUGGACAGUAUCCCUCGUGAUGAACAAGUCUGUUUGAACUUCCGAGCAUCUAGAGAGAAGGUGGUAAGCGCCAUUCAACCUGUUGCUGUUAAUGUAUAUGAUUAUUAUGAACCAGAAGAGAAAUGUAGCGAUUUUUACCACCCUGUGGAAGGUAGUGAUCUGUUGAACCUGCUAUGCUCAGAUGCCGAAAUGUGUAUUUGUGCAACAGGAAACUGCGCCUUGUGCAAUUCAAAGAAGACUAAGAGCCAAUUGAAAACAGAUGCUUGUUCUCAAAAUAUAGAUUAUGCUUUUGAAGUGAGUGUCAUCAGCGCUUCAGACACGAAUGCGUUUAAUGUUUACAAUUGCUCUGUAGAAGUGAUCAAACCUGGUAUUGACGACAUCCAAGGAAACAUUGAUAUCAAAGGAAUUGCUUACAGGACUUUUUGGAAGUCUAAAAAGUGUAGAUGCCCAGAGAUUCAAGCUGGCAAGAAAUACCUAAUAAUGGGAGUUGAUGGAUUAAAAACCACCGAUAAAGACGGUUUCACAGUAUAUAAAUACAUAAUUGAUGAACAAGCAUAUGUUGAGUAUUGGCCUGGAGUUGGUAGAGUUGGGAGGCAAGCUAAGAAACGAUUGAAAAAAUUAAAUGGUUUGAAGAGUGACUUGAAAACAAACGGUUGUGCAGCUUAGGUCAAACAACUUGCAUUAUGUAAAUACAACAUGAAUUCUUCUCGCUUCUAUGCUUAAAUACCGUACUCGCGCGAAUAAGCGCCCUGUUUGAAUAAGCGCCACUCCUAACGUGAAAACUGUCUUAAGCGCUUUGUUUGAAUACCCCCCCCCC